UAUGUCAUUUCAUUAAAAAGUUUAAAUCUUUAAGCAAAUUUAUUAAUUUAAAUCAUACCCUUUUAUUUUCCCAAUAAGCUAAAGACAUAUAUAAAAAUGAAAAAAGAGAUUUUGAAUAUUUUUUCAAGAAAUUAAUGAUCUUUAUGAGGUGGGGUUUUGUUAUUAAAUGGGAAAUGUAACAUCAAAUAUAGCUGCAAAAUUUGCAUUUUUCCCACCAGAACCACCUUCAUAUGAUGUUUGUAUAGAUGAAGAGGUGAAACCAAAUGGUGAAAAAAGAUAUUGUUUUACAGGAAUUACAGCUGAUAAAAAUGUUGAUGUUCAUCUUCUUGAUACAAAAGUUGGAAACAAGAUUGUUGCUACAUAUUGGAAACACCCUUUUGGUAGAUUUACACUUUUGUAUUCUCAUGGAAAUGCUGCUGAUUUGGGUCAAAUGCAAGAGUUAUUUAUUGAGCUUAGAGCUCACCUUAGACUUAACAUCAUGAGUUAUGAUUACUCAGGAUAUGGAGCUUCCACAGGCAAGCCGUCUGAGAUUAACACAUACUACGACAUAGAGGCAGUGUACAAUUGUUUGAAAGACAAAUAUGGUGUUAAACAAGAAGAUAUUAUCUUGUACGGACAAUCUGUUGGCAGUGGGCCGACGUUACACUUGGCUGCUCGACUACAGAGAUUGAGAGGCGUUGUUUUACAUAGUGCUAUUCUCUCAGGAAUACGAGUUUUGUAUAAUGUAAAGAUGACCCUCUGGUUUGAUAUAUUUAAGAACAUCGACAAAAUACAGAAAGUCAGCUGUCCGGUUCUAGUUAUACACGGCACGAGUGAUGAUAUUGUCGACUUCUCACAUGGGAAGCGCUUAUGGGAAUUGGCAAAGGAAAAAUACGAUCCAUUGUGGGUCCAGGGAGGAGGCCAUUGCAACCUUGAAACUUACCCAGAGUACAUAAGACAUUUGCGCAAGUUUGUAAGUGCAAUGGAGAAGGUCUCGAUCCAGAAACCAAAUAAGCAACGGGUUUCAUCAGGAUCAUGCAUGACAGGAGUCAAACACAACAAAUGCUUGAGAUUUGGUAAAAAGUAGAUAGUUCUUGUGUGGAUGUUGAUGUUUAUGUAUCCUUUCACAACCCAUUGCCCGUUUGAUGCCUUACUUUUUUUUGUUGAAUUCUAGUGAGUUUUGUUACUUUUCCCCGGCGUAUUUGAUCGGUAUUUACAUGUAAGUAAAAGUAUUGUUGAUUUUUUACGUA